CGCUCCUUUCGUGUGGAAUUUCUUACUUUUUACGAAAAUGACAUGUCAUGAUGGAUUUGUGACUAACCAUUUCACUCUGUCUUCAAUAGACAACGCGCCUCAAGAGCUUGCGAGACUUGCCAUGCGCGAAAGGUGAAUACUUAUUUCUCAUUGCUGGACCGACCGCAAACCUUCCGAGAAUUGUUGUUGGAAAGCUGAUGGUUUUUCAAGGUCCGAUGCGACGCUGCGAGCUUGGGAGUGCCAUGCACCAACUGCGUGGCUUUCUCCAUCGAAUGCAGGAUCCCGACACCGAAGCGCAAAAGGGCACCGGGGAAAGCGAAAGAAUCGGAUAGGUAAAAUUUGCUUCAACAGCUCUAGAGCAUUCGAUCAUGGCUUACGUGAAUCAUGUCGAGUAGCGACCGCGCCGAUUCGGUGCAGAAUACCCCGCCUGCGAGUGCCUCGCCCUCUGUGACCUCGUUUCUUGACAAUCGAACCACAGGCUUCCAUGCGUCGGAUGGUACUCCUUCGACUCACCUUACUCAAAAUCAGGUUGCGCAGCAGGCCGUGACAGCCAAUACCUAUGCUGAGCUUAUGAAGCCCAAGUUUGCUCGUGCACCCAUCAAGGAAGCUGGCCGAGUUGCCUAUCUGGGAGAGUCGUCCAAUUUGACCCUUCUCGUUCAUGACCGGCAUGGCACGACAGAUGUGGUGCAUUAUCCGCUGCCGGAGAAUGUCCGGGGCUCAAAAUCACGGGCGACAGAGCUAGAUCAGCUGGAGAUUGACAUUUUGCAUCAACGCGGCGCGUUCCUGCUCCCCCCUAGAGCACUGUGCGAUGAUCUAGUUGAGUCCUUCUUCCGGUGGAUUGCUCCCGUGGCCCCGGUGAUCAACCGCAGUCGAUUUAUGAAACGAUAUCGUGAUCCUAAGAACCCGCCAUCGCUUUUACUUUUGCAGGCCGUUCUCCUUGCUGGGUCUCGAGUAUGCACAAACCCUCAACUAAUGGACGCCAAUGGCUCCACCACGCCUGCAGCCAUGACUUUUUACAAGCGAGCAAAGGCACUUUACGAUGCCAAUUACGAAGAUGAUCGCGUCACAAUCAUCCAGGCUUUGGUCUUGAUGGGCUGGUACUGGGAAGGUCCUGAGGGUGAGACGCAGUCGUCAUCUGGGCCCACGAAAAUUCCUACUCUAACCGCUAACAUUGGUUCAGACGUAACCAAAAACGUCUUCUAUUGGACCCGCGCCGCAAUUAUCAUUGCACAGGGUUCUGGCAUGCAUAGGAGCGUCGAGGGCUCGCAGCUGAGCAAAGCGGAUAAACGAUUGUGGAGAAGAAUCUGGUGGACACUCUUCACACGAGAUCGAUCUGUCGCGGUCGCGCUCGGUCGACCAGUCGGUAUCAAUACCGAUGACACUGACGUUGAGAUGAUCUCCGAAGAUGAUUUCGUCGAAGACGACUCGGAUGGACCGGCCGAAUAUCCUCCAAACAAACUACAUGUUCAGUUUUUCUUGCAAUAUGUCAAGCUGUGUGAGAUCAUGGGUCUUGUGCUGGCUCAGCAAUAUUCAGUAGGAUCCAAACUCCGCCGCCAACACGCAAUGGAUCUUACCCACAGUGACAUGGCACUGGCCGACUGGUUGCAGAAUUGUCCCAAGGAAAUCCUGUGGGAACGAUCGCGCCACCAGUUUUGGUCUGCCCUCCUGCAUUCUACCUAUUACACCACCUUAUGCCUCUUGCAUCGCGUACACAUUGCUCCAGCACCACAAGGGGCCCAAGCGAUGCCUCCAGAGUCGGUCUACCCUUCUCGUAAUAUUGCUUUUCAGGCCGCUUGCAUGAUUACCGCAAUUGUAGAAGACUUGCAGGCUCAUGACGAGCUUCGGUUUACCCCUGCUUUCCUUGUCUACAGUCUCUUCUCGGCUUUGAUCAUGCAUGUGUAUCAGAUGCGCUCGCCGAUCCCCACUGUGAAGGCUGCAACGAGAGAGAAAAUCACUACAUGCCUCAAUGCCUUGGGUGAAGUUUCCAAAGUCUGGUUGGUAGCAAAAAUGGUUAAAACCCUUUUUGAAUCCAUUCUUGGGAACAAGGUCCUGGAGGAACGACUGCAGAAGGCGGCAGGGAAAAGGCACUCCCGAUCGUCCAAGCAAGAACCUUCGCCCCUCUGGAGACGGGAGAACCAGCCAAAGCGGAAAUUUGAUGAUAUGGAACUGGGCUUUGGUAAUGGUCCUCCAGCGCCACAAGUAUCCUAUGAGCGAUCUCGGCCUCAGUCGCCGACCAUGGUAUCUUCUCGCGAACCUUCUCAGCAGCAACAAGCACAGCCGCAGCCACAGCACCAGAACCCUCUGUCAAUGGCUGCUCCACCGCAAACGGCAUCACACAUCCGCCAGGGCGGCGAUACAUUCAUGGGUGGCGGCACGUCUGCAACCAACACCAGACCUCCAACUCCGUUCAACCCGUCCUAUUCCAUCCCACCCACCCCUCCCGAUCUUUACCUAGUUACCCGCAACUCGCCACCUAUCUCUCAGAGUCUGUGGGAGAACUUUCAGCCAGAUCAGCUUUUCCCCGCGGAAUCCAACAUUUCCCUCUCACAAUUUUCGCCUCAGGUCAAUCCUAUCAUUGAUCCGCAACUAUCUCAGACGCAGCCUGGCUCCAUACAGACUCCUGUCAUGCAGCCCCACCAUCAGCAAACUCCGCAGCCAGGCGCCGUUCCCAUUCCGAUGCAAGGACAAGCGGGCUCGUCUUUGCAAGGACUGCAUGGAUUUAACGCAGGCGCAGCUUCUACCAUGUCUAGUCAAGCGUGGCCGCCGGGUUAUGACGGAGUAAUGGGUGAAAAUCCGGGCGCAAGCCCAGACGAUUCGUGGAGCACGGGUUCUUCUGCUGCAGGGGUUGGUGUCCCAGCUACACUGAACGUUGAAGACUGGUUCCAUUUCCUUGGUAUCAAUGGAGACUUGAACGGCAUGGGAGCUACUCUGUGAGUGCCACGUGCAGAUUUACUAUUGCAUAUUUUAUUUUGCAUUUGACGCAAAGGAGUUUGGGGCUGGCUAUUCCCCUUAUCAAGGUACUUCUAGAGGGCGUCAACGGUUUGUUUCGGGUCUGGACUGGAUAUGGCGGCGACCAAUUGCUUUAUUCGCUACAUCGAUAGGAUGUGCCAGCUUGCUCUUUUUUUUGCAUAAGUGAGAAUAUGCGCGUCAUUGUCUAUUGAUCUAUUGCUUGUUUUGCUACACACAGCGGCGGGAAGGAGACAACGCGUUGCAAAGGAUAUAUUGAGCUUUUGAUUGCUUGGGAGCUAUAUCAAAUACAGUAACUUAUUGCUUAUAUUUACUUGCCAUUCGCCCG